CAUUGUAUAUAUAAGGCUACAAGCGCUUAAGUAGUCAUUCCAUAUACUAUACUUGACGGCUGCAAUAAACAAUGAAGUUUCGCGUAUUACUGCUAUGUUUGAUUCUUAUCAAACAAACUUAUUCUUUGAGUUGUCCUGCUGGAUCAUACCUCUUGUCACAUCGUACCAAAUGCUACACUUGUCAGGCAGGUUUUUCUUGUGCUGGUGAUAAUAGCAGGGUACGGUGCAAGUCAGGCUAUUAUGCGGAAAACCCAGGCAGUACAUCUUGCAAAAUAUGCCCAGCCAGUCACAGAUGUUAUUAUGUGUACAACGCACCAGUACAAUGUUCUAAAGGAUACUACCAAAACCAGACGGGACAAAAAUUUUGCAAAAAGUGCAAUGCCGGUGAAUACAACAUUCAAACUGGACGAUCAACAAAGUGUGAUAUUUGUCCCGUUGGUCAUCGUUGUUUUUAUAUAGACGAUGCACCAAUAAAAUGUUCUAAAGGAGAGUAUCAAGAUCUUCCUGGUCAAACAUCUUGUAAAUGGUGCAACGCCGGUGAAUACAGCCUUGAAAUUGGACGAUCAACAAAGUGUGAUAUUUGUCCCGUUGGUCAUCGUUGUCUUUAUAUAGACGAUGCACCAAUAAAAUGUUCUAAAGGAUACUAUCAAAACCAGACAGGACAAAGAUCUUGCAAACAGUGCAGCGCCGGUGAAUACAGCCUUGAAAUUGGACGAUCAACAAAGUGUGAUAUUUGUCCCGUUGGUCAUCGUUGUUUUUAUAUAGACAAUGCACCAAUAAAAUGUUCUAAAGGAUACUAUCAAAACCAGACAGGACAAAGAUCUUGCAAACAGUGCAGCGCCGGUGAAUACAGCCUUGAAAUUGGACGAUCAACAAAGUGUGAUAUUUGUCCCGUUGGUCAUCGUUGUUUUUAUAUAGACAAUGCACCAAUAAAAUGUUCUAAAGGAUACUAUCAAAACCAGACAGGACAAAGAUCUUGCAAACAGUGCAGCGCCGGUGAAUACAGCCUUGAAAUUGGACGAUCAACAAAGUGUGAUAUUUGUCCCGUUGGUCAUCGUUGUUUUUAUAUAGACAAUGCACCAAUAAAAUGUUCUAAAGGAUACUAUCAAAACCAGACAGGACAAAGAUCUUGCAAACAGUGCAGCGCCGGUGAAUACAGCCUUGAAAUUGGACGAUCAACAAAGUGUGAUAUUUGUCCCGUUGGUCAUCGUUGUUUUUAUAUAGACAAUGCACCAAUAAAAUGUUCUAAAGGAUACUAUCAAAACCAGACAGGACAAAGAUCUUGCAAACAGUGCAGCGCCGGUGAAUACAGCCUUGAAAUUGGACGAUCAACAAAGUGUGAUAUUUGUCCCGUUGGUCAUCGUUGUUAUUAUGUAAACGAACCACCAAUAAAAUGUUCUAAAGGAUACUAUCAAAACCAGACAGGACAAAGAUCUUGCAAACAGUGCAGCGCCGGUGAAUACAGCCUUGAAAGUGGACGAUCAACAAAGUGUGAUAUUUGUCCCGUUGGUCAUCGUUGUUAUUAUGUAAGCAUUCCACCAAUAAAAUGUUCUAAAGGACAGUAUCAAGAUCUUCCUGGUCAAACAUCUUGUAAAUGGUGCAAAGGCGGACAAUAUAACGUCCAAACUGGCUCAACUAAAUGUGAAAGUUGUCCUGCGGGAAGCAAAUGCCCUUUUGUCAACACGAUACCUCAACUGUGCUGGAAAGGGAUGUACUCUCCCGCAGAAUCACUGAAAUGCUUUUCUUGCCCAUCAGGUAACUUUUGCCCAAGUCGUUCAAGCUUACCUAUUGCACCGAACAACGAUACUCUGCUGAAAAGUAAAAUUCACAAUGUCGCAAAGUAUGCAGCAGAGGCUUACCAGAACAUAAAUGAUUCUGCUUUCAAUGGCUUGAGGUUGAUUGAUAGUAACAAAAGAGUCCAUGGUUUUGUUAAAUAUAAGGGCAAAGCGAUCAUUGUAUCGUUCCGUGGUACAGUCGACACGAAAGGUUGGAUUAAUAAUGCAAAGUUCCUGAAACGCGAUUACCAAAGCUGCAAAGGCUGCAAAGUACAUACUGGAUUUUCCAAAUUUUACAACUCGGUACAAAUGCAUCUGUUGGCAAAAGUCAGCGCUUUAUCUCAUGCACAUCCCAACUCAAAAGUGAUCGUCACAGGUCACUCGCUUGGUGGAGCAAUGGCAACUUUAGCCGCUGUUGAAUUGGCCAAGGCUGGAUAUAAGACCGAUUUGAUAACCUAUGGCUCACCUAGGGUUGGAAACAAACAGUUCUCUAAGUAUGUUGACAACACUAUGAACGGAUUGAAUCUAAGAGUGACAUACAAGAAAGAUAUUGUAACUGCGUCUCCUCCACAAUCGAUUGGAUAUUGGCACGUUGGGCGUGAAAUGCAUUACACUGAUCUAAACACGGGCUAUAAAUUACCUCCAAAGACAGACGUUAAUUAUAACAGGCUAAACUUUGAUGAUCACAAAAUGGUUAAUUAUCAAAAAUUAAAUUAAAUACUUAAUUAUCAACAACAAAAUACCAAAUCUGGUAUGUAAGAAGUACAAAAAAGACACUAUAUUUUUAUAACUGCGACGUAACAUAUGUGUAACUGACAUUAAUUGCCUUAAUUCAUAGAUUAUAUUAUUAGUUCAAACUAUAUCGAAUAACGUUAAUUAUAUAUCUAACAAACUUUCCAAAAUUUCCCAUGAUUUGUCCUGUAUUGCCAUCUGACAUAUAAACAUGCAGGAAUUGUAGAGUAUAAACGAUUUAAAAGAGUUAUUUACUUUAUAUAGAUUUUCAAUAAAGGUUUUUCUAAUUUCAAUAAACUUUGUGUUUGCACAUGACAUUAAGAAGUGUUGUUCAUUUCCGACUUCGUUGAUAUUGCAAUGUUUGCAAAUUCUAUCACUUUAUGUUACAGCUUGACGGUGUUUGA